AUCCUCUUUUGGUGAGGCCCGGCGCGGCUGCUGCUGGGGCAGGAUGAGAGCUUUAAACGCGCAAGGAGCCUGUUCCUCGGAGUCAUAACCGGGGUCCAGAAGCAGCUGCGAUCUGUCGUGAGGGAUGUCGACGCGAGGCUCUGUGCUCGCGGUGGGGAAAUGCCUGGCCUGUCUGGAGUUCAUGCUGUUUCCAGUGUGGCGGGGCAUCGGGCUCGGCGCCGGCGUCCGAGGCGGUUGGAGCCAGGGCUGGGGACGCUGUCUGCAAUGGGAGGCUGACGGUCCGGGGCGGGAGGCCCGGGUGCCGGUGCUGGACUACCCCAUCUGGGUGGUCCUCUGCCGCGGGGGCCGCGCCAGGCUCCGGGAGGUUUGUCAGCGAGGGAGGGGCGCCAUCAGACUGCCCGCCGACAUGCUCCGCAUCAAGCUGCCCCCGCUCUUUGACAUCCACCAGAUCCCCAAGGUGUUCAGGGAGGACAGCAUCAUCUCGGGCUACCGGCACCCAAAGAGCUCGGCGCUGGACUGCCUCCUCAGCAGCUUCCACAUGAACAACGAGACCAUCAACAUCUGGACCCACUUCCUGCCGACAUGGUACUUCCUGUGGCGCUUCUGUGUCCUCUGCUCCACGAUGAACUUCCUGAGCGACAGCUACACCUGGCCCCUCCUGGUCUACAUGCUGCUCAUCUGCGUCUACCCCUUCACCUCCAGCUGCGCGCACACCUUCAGCACCAUGUCCCCCGAGUCCCGCCACAUCUGCUACUUCUUUGACUACGGAGCGCUCAGCCUCUACAGUCUGGGUUGCGCCAUGAGCUACGCCUACUACGUCAUGCCGGACUGCCUGGUGAACAGCUGGCUCCACCAACACUUCGUCCCCAUCGCCAUCGGGAACUCGCUGUUCUGUACCAGCCUGUCCUGCUACUCCAGGUUCCUGGAGCUGCAGUUCCCCCAGAAGAGCAAAGCUCUGAGGACGGCAGCCUUCGUCGUUCCCUUCAUAUUCGACACGGCCCCCCUGUUCUAUCGGAUCCUUCUCUGCUUCGGCGGGGGCUGCAGCUGGAGCGACGCCUUGUCCAGCCACACUUACCACGUCCUCUUCGCCGUCCUCACCUGUUUCCUGUUCACCGCCCACCUCCCGGAGAGGCUGGCCCCGGGGCGCUUUGACUACUUCGGCCACAGCCACCAGCUGUUCCACGUGGCCGCCGUGGUGGGCACCCACUUCCAGAUGGAGGGCGUGAUGGCGGACAUGGCGACGCGGCGGGCCUGGCUGGUGGCCCGCGGCGGGGCGCCCUCCUUCCUGGGGACCAUCGGCAUGCUGCUCGCCAGCCUCGUGCUCAACCUGGGCGUCAUCGGCAUCUUCAGCACCCCGCUGCUGUGGAAGCCGCCGCCGCCGCCGCGCACGCCGAAGUGCAAGGAGCAGUGAGGGCGGGUUUCCCCACCCCGAUUCGUUCUCCAAAGGAAAGGUGUGUGGGUGCGUGGGUUUGAGACUACUAUUAACGCCACUAGUUCUAGUUUUACCGAAGCCCCUUUCUGACGCCGCGUCCCAUGUUCGCCGUGUGCGGAAUGUCUCGUUUAAUUUAUUGCUACGGUUCCUCGUUUGAAAAGCAGUUGCAACACAAGUGCUUUGUUUCAUCCACCAUGUUUACAGUGAUUCACAACCGGCUCUGGUCUAAAACUAAAAACAUCUAAUGUUGCAUUUUGCAGGGAUUAUAUUUGGAUUUGUUUUUGUUUUUUAUUUCUGUUUUGCGUGUUCUAGGACAGAAUCUCCUUUUACUUUAUUAAGGAUUUAUGGAAAAUCUUUUCUGUAACUGGACUUUUUGGGUUGGUGUGUUUCUGUUAACAUAAACAGUCGAUUGUCAUAAUGUGAUGCAGCUCUGAUCCAGUUGAUCCACACAUCGAUGUGGUGCUUUUCUCCUGAUUUGCCCGGCUUUUCGUGAACUCGGCAGAAGGAAAGACAAAUAUAUUGCAGCGCGUCAGUAAUUAAAAGAGAUGUACCGUUUUUCUUCUUAUUAAAAAAAAAAAAUCCUUUUAGAACCGCAGGUUUCCAUGACAACGCUAUAGUGGCCUUGUACCCCCUGAAGGUCUCGAGUGUUCAAAGCGCGAGCGGCACCAUUUUCUUGUGUUUCUCUUUCACAUAAACCAUCUGUUCUAAUAAUAUUUCAUGGACUAAAGCAUUUGAACUCAGUGGUGUGAUGUUUCCGGUCCUUUCCAUCACGUGUGACUUAACACUAAAGAAUUAAGAUUGGGGAGACGAGUGGAUUGAGUCCACUUGAGGGUUAUUAAUAAGAUGUCAGUAUUGUGGUGCAUAUAUAGAACUACAAACCAAUCCCACUAGCUGCAUACUGUGGUUAUCACGACUCAGGCUGCAUUCACUGCUGAAAUAAUAAUUAUAUAUUUAUUAUUUUCACAACUGGGAAUGUUUUUCUCUUUUUGGAAACUGAUAAAGUAAAAAUGAACCGAUUCUGCGCUGUAAUUUGUUAUUGAUCUCAGAAUCUUUAAAACUGGUGCAAAAAGCGUUGAAUUGUUUCAUCAGGUUUCCAACUCGUGUCGACAAAAGAGAAAUAUUUAAAAUCAAUUAAUGCAAAACUCUAGAUAUUUGAUCAUUUCUGUCACUUCUCAGGUCAAACAGCUAAACAUCUGUCCCAGCUUCUUGUAAAGCCUCAUUAUACAUUAAACAUUUGGGGAUUUUGGCCUUUUUGGAAAAGAAACUGGAAAUUAAUAUAAUUAAGUUAUCAGUUCCAAGAAAAUAAAUAUUGUAAGGACCUCUCAAAAUGAAAGAAAUGCGACUGGAUAAGAUGCACCACUUGUAAAUGAAUGCACAGCAGCCGAAUCGGUACACUUUGUAUUCACGGCUUUGAUAAAUAUUGUUUAAUGGGAGGUGUGUGUCGUCGCUGUAACGCGUCAUUCUGCCAUUAACGCCACAGUAGUUCAACCAGAACCCACAGGGAGCACUCGACUAACACACACACAUACACAAGGGUCUUUUGGUAGAGUUUGGUGAGGGGGGGGGGGGGGGGGUUGUAUGUGCUAUGAUGGGAGUGCACGGUGCUACAGGUCCACGUUGGUCGCUGAAGUCGGGUGUAGAACCACAAACACACACACGGCAGUCGUUUGGGGUGUUUUUAAGGUUUGUGUAUCGGACAAAGCGGAGACUUAUUUGUAUUCGAUGCAGUUUUACAGACUAUUUCUCCUUUUAUUUUGCCCCCCCACUGAGCUCUGAUGGCUUUCAUUCUUUCUCAUUUGCUCUCCGGUCGCCUCGCAGCGUCCGCCGGUUUUGACCCGGCUGGUUGUUGGAAUCGCCGUGUGCUAUUUUUAAUGGCCAAUACAUUUAUUUUUAUUUUUUACUCAAACCGUUGUAAUUGCCUGUCGUCAGCCGUUUGGUGCCGGCUCGGUUUCUCAGCGAUAAAGGCCUCCUCCUCCUCCUCCUCAAACGGGUCCACGUCGCCGCACCGAGUUGCAUUUCAUUAUUUUCUCCAAUUUUUUAAAAUUUAUUUUUUCCCCCCCCAUAUUUUAAAUUCCAAUUCCAAGCCUGCGCAUUCUCCGGACCAGAUCACUGUUACUUCUAAGGCUGCUUGUCACGUAGACCUUGUUGGUUUACUCCUCGGUGGACAAGCAGAUUCAGGUAAAAUGGGCACUUUUCUAAUGUACAAAUACAACAAACAAAAAAAGUAUUGAAGGUUGUGGGACAACGAGAAAUGGAGAGCAAAGAAAAGUGCGGGUCGACACAUUCUAAAGGUUUUGAAAGAGGAUUCAUUGGUGCCUUUUUUUUAA